AUGAGCAACACACCCGAACGCCCAUUGGGCGAACUAAUCGCCAACACAGACCCAGCCCCAUGGCCGUCAAAGGAGAUCACCAUGACCGGAAAAUACGUUACACUAGAGCCUCUCUCACCAAUCCACGCCGAAGCACUCUUUCCUCUCAUUGGCGGCACAGCCAACGAAAGACUCUGGGACUACAUGCCCUACGACCCCUGCCCAUCCUCAGUCUCGGCUCUGCACACCGACAUGGUGAACAAAGCCGCCUCUACAGACCCAACCUUCUACACCAUUCUCAAGCACGUAGACGGCAAAAAGCAAGCAGUAGGCUGGUGCUCCUACCUUCGCAUCGAGCCCAAAAACCGCGUCAUUGAAGUCGGGCACUUGAUGUUUUCCUCUGCGCUCCAAAAAUCUGUUGCGGCCACUGAAGCCAUGUAUUUGAUGGCAAAGUAUGCGUUUGAAAUGGGGUACAGACGGUAUGAGUGGAAGUGCCAUAGUUUGAAUGCACCGAGUAGGAGGGCAGCGGCUAGAUAUGGGUUUGUGGAGGAGGGAACAUUUAGACAGGCGUUGAUUGAUAAGCAUGGCAGGAAUAGGGAUACGACUUGGUUUUCUAUGUUGGACAGUGAGUGGGAGGGAAGGAAGAAGGCGUUUGAGGGGUGGUUGGAUGAGAGCAAUUUUGAUGACGAGGGGAGGCAGAAGAAGAAGUUGGAGGAGUUUAGAGUAUGA